GCUGCGUAUCGUGCAUGUAGGAGGUACCCGGUGGUUUGUGGUGUGCCGCUCAGGCCCUCGCCGCAGAGGAGGGGUCCGUCCAGUCAGAAGCCUGGACGCCGUCGCUCCCGGCGUAGCAGAAUUCGCCAGGGAAAAGAAGAUGCCACCGAACCUCCUUACUGUAUUCUCGACCCGUACACACUCAGCACAUACACCCUCUCGGACGUGCCCCGGCUUCUUCUUCUCUCUCUCUCUCUCUCUCUCUCUCACGCACUCACAUACGCCUCCCUGUAUAUUCCUCCUUCUCUUCCCCGACCUCUACUCGCAACGCCUCCGUCGGAUCGACACCCGCCUAGACCUGCUGCUUCCGAGACACAAACUGCAUAUAGAUCGCCGGUCCUCUCGUGCAACUUCAAGCCCUCAAGACAUCCGCCUCUCUUUAUAGCCUGCUGUACAUCCCUCACACCUCCUAUCCUCUUACAUAAACGCUGCGACCCUAAUCCAACCUUUGCGAUCUCCUUAAUCCCGCGUUCUGUUUGCCGGAGCCUAUUGUACUAGCGUCUUUACAAACUACGAGGCAAGAUGUCCUUCUCGAGUCUCGUCCAGGAUCUAGCCAUUCGCGAUAUCGGCAGCUCACGUCAAUCUCGAGCCGUCUCUUCCGUCUCUACCGCCGAUGACCGUGCCUCACACAUCUCCCGAGCCAUGUCCUAUGCCAGCACGGCGGCCACCAGCGUGAGCAUCGCCGGCGACAUUUCGAGCCAGCUGCACGGCGGUUAUCACCACCCCCUGGCCCGGGCUUGGCAAUCGGAGCGCCAACUGACAAAGUCGAUGUUGAUCUAUCCCCUCUUCAUCUCAGACAUCCCGGACGAUGAGACCGUCAUCCCUUCCCUGCCCGGUCAGCAUCGCCGAGGCCUCGGCAAGCUGAUUCCCUUCCUGGAACCGCUGGUGCGAAAGGGCCUCCGAUCCGUCAUCCUCUUCGGCGUCCCUCUGCGACCCGGUACGAAAGAUGCCCUAGGCACCGCCGCCGACGACCCGCAGGGCCCCGUCAUACAGGCCAUCCGUCUGUUGCGACAGCGGUUCCCCCAGCUCUUCAUCGUCGUCGAUGUCUGCCUUUGCGAGUACACGUCGCACGGCCACUGCGGUAUUCUCCGAGACGACGGUACCCUGAACAACAAGCUGUCGGUUGAUCGAAUUUCCGAUGUUGCCAUCGCCUACGUCCAGGCCGGCGCGCACUGCGUCGCGCCCUCGGAUAUGAACGAUGGCCGUAUCCGGGCUAUCAAAUUGAAGCUGAUCGAGGAAGAGAUUGCCCACAAGACGCUCCUUAUGUCCUACGCAGCCAAGUUUUCGGGCUGUCUAUACGGACCCUUCCGAGAUGCCGCCGGCUCGGCACCUUCGUUUGGCGAUCGUAAGUGCUACCAGCUGCCUCCCGGCGGGCGUGGACUCGCGCGGCGGGCUAUCGUCCGGGACAUUGGCGAGGGGGCCGAUAUCAUCAUGGUGAAGCCGGCUAGCCAGUACCUAGACAUCAUCAGCGACGCGAAGGAAUUGGGUAAGGAUCUCCCUAUCGCGGCGUACCAUGUGAGCGGAGAGUAUGCGAUGGUGCAUGCCGCCGCCAAGGCGGGCGUAUUUGACCUGAAGACGAUGGCCUUCGAGGUCACGGAAAGUAUACUGCGAGCCGGCGCCUCCAUCAUCAUCAGCUAUUUCACACCCGACUUCCUGGACUGGUUAGAGAAUUGAAGCGUUCAGGCGGAAGCGGAAUUACCAUAGACAUUGCUGCCGGCGUUAACGGGGCGUUCAGGGCCAUGACGAUUGCAUGUAAUAAUGAGAACAAAAAAUCCGACAUGACAUAUAUUAUCGACUUGCAUUCUUUCUAUCGAUGUCGGCCGGUACGAACGGACCAAUCCAGUAGAUUGCCCUCAGGCGAACCAUCAGGAGAGGUGUGGUUUCGACACGCGGUCCGAGUAGUACGUGAGACGAG